GUGUCACUAGUGUCAGUGUUUUGUCUUGUUUUCUUCGUAAUCCAUCAAUAUUUUGGAAAGUUUUAUUUUGAUUUCUAAAAUGGAUAAUAAACCAUCCCUUAGUAAAUAUUUCGGUGACACUGAAGUUCCUCCAGCUUCCCAAUUUUUUGAUGAAAUAGGAACUUCGCCUUCAGAUUUGAUUCAGAGUGUUUAUUUAGGUGAAAACGAAGGCAGUCAAACUACAUCUAAUGAUCUGUUUCCACAAAAUAUAACUACUUCUUUUACUCAAUCAAAUAUGUCACAAGAGACAACAUUUUUAAAUACUUUACCGACUGUGAGUGGGGCUACUACAAUCCCUACGAGAAACCUGCCGGAUCCUUCAACGUUCUUUGAUACAAUAGGGCCUGAACCACAAAUAGGAAUCACUAAAACUACCACAACUAAUCCAGUUACAUUGUCAGAAGCUAUGGAAGGGCUUAGCAUAAAGAAUCAGCCUGUAGACAAAGAAGAACAAAGAAGAAGAGAUGCUUGGAUCCCUAAUGAAGACGCUCAAAAAACCCUGCUUAAGGCACAAUCCUCACCAAAAGGUUCUUUCUUCCCAGAAAGAGAAGCACUCACUAUGCCAGGAAUAGUUCUAGAGGAAGAAUUGGCGGAUGCUCUCCAAGAGGUAGCGGUCAAGUAUUUAGGUGUCAGUUCCGCCGGUACUAGAGGCGUAGUUCGCGCUGAGCACGUUAGCAGAGAUGAGGGCGGUCUGAGAGAGUUACUGCGCACCGGGUACUUGAGGGCCGCAGUUAAUUUAACCGCUGUGUUACUGAGUGCUGCUGGGCAAGGAGCAGGUCGCAUGCACCGCGCCACUAAGCAUACACCACGCAGCUUACAGCUAUGGCUGACCCGGUUCGCAGUAAUGCUGCGUUUGAGACUCCACGAGCCACUGCUGAAGGAGGCCGAGCCGUUCGGGGACUUCAGCAAGCCCGAUAUGUUCUAUCAGUUUUACCCAGACAUGUACGAGAAUCGCACUGGCAGCCUAGUGCCGUUUUCCUUGCGGCUACUGAUAGCAGAACUGCCAGGUCAUGCUGGCAAACCUGACGAGGCUGUAGACAGAUUGCUGGCCCUCAGACAAGUCAUACAACAGAUGCUGUUAAACCUCAGAGAUAGUAAAACUGAAGACGGCACCAAGGCACUUGUGUCAGAACAAGACAAGGCGGAGUCCAUCCGCCUGUGGACUGGCAGGGAGACCAGAGUACAGCACUCUAUAGUCAACUGCGCUAUAGCUUUGAAGGAUUAUCGGUUAGCAGGCAAGAUUCUAACCGGGCUCCAACUGCAAGCUAAUUCUCCUAGCCAAAAGCGAGCUAUAGCCAGCGCCCUCUGCCGAUUAUGGCUAUUAGCUGGACACGUGAAGGCAGCCCUUAUCCACCUCAACGUGGCCAGAGAGGAGAGGCAUCACCUAUGUCCCACUCCAGACGUGAGAGAGUAUGUAGACAUGGGGCUGCUGGAUAUAGCUAAUGGCAAGUACCAGGAGGCGUACAAUAACUUCGUCAAGGCCGCCGACCAGGAACCAACCAAUAUUAUGGUGAGGAAAACACACAGAUAGACUACCUUGGUAAAAAAAAAACCGCCAAGUGCGAGUCGGAAUCGCGCACCGAGGUUUCCGUACAAACUCAAUUUAAUACCUCUACGCGUUCAUGAGAAAAGAGGUAGUAACUUUAGCAUUUUUAAAAAUAUUUUUUAUUAUAAUGAUGUAACUAAAAAUUUACUGUUUUCGCAAUUUUUCCUUUAUCUGUACUAUAAGACGUUACUUCGUACCAAAUUUCAAGAUUCUAAGUUCACGGGAAGUACCCUGUAGGUUUUGAUUCCCGUGCGAGUUUCGAAAAUUUGCGGCUGUAUCUUUUGAUUGCUUUGGCUUAGAAGUUUGAUUUAUUCACAGCUCCAAGGGACAGUAGACCUGAGUAUUAGAUAUGAAUUUCAGUUUGAUACCUCCACGCGUUCCUGAGAAAAACGGUCUUGACAGACGGACGGACGGACAACAAAGUGAUCCAAUAAGGGUUCCGUUUUUUCCUUUUGAGGUAGCGAACAAUAUAGCCGUGUGUUUGCUAUACAUGGGCCGUCUGAAAGAGGCCAUAGCUGUCCUACAGAAGGCUAUAAACUCUGACCCGGAGAGAGGUCUCAAUGAGAGCCUUCUAGUUAAUCUGUGCACUUUAUACGAGCUGGAGUCUUCGAAGACCAACGAGAAGAAACUCAACCUUCUGAGGAUGCUCUGCAAGUACAAGAGUGAUACGAUACCGAAUGUGUUGGAAUGUUUGAAACUGUAAUUCAUUUAUUUAUUUUAUCUUUAAUGGUUUUACAUUGCACAUGGCGGACUUAAUGCCAGCAUGGCAUUCUCUACCAGUCAACCGUAGGGACGUGCAGUGUCAAUAAAACGGCAGACAAUCAUAGUAUUAUCUAUCAAACAAGCAAGCAAGAGGAGCUCGAUGGCGCAAGUGGUUAGCGCGUUCGGCUGCGAUCGUUGAAUUUAAGCAACUUUCGCAGUGGUCGGUCAUUAGAUGGGUGACCAAAAAUUACUGUCUCGAGCUCCUCCGUGCUUCGGAAGGCACGUUAAGCCGUUGGUCCCGGCUGCAUCUGCAGUCGUUAGCACCCACCAAUCAAACUUAUUAGAAAUAUUUAUGGAAUACGAACUGCGCUAAAUAGUGAUUCCACGCAAACUGUAUAUGUAUUAUUAUUUAUAUUUAUUACUAUUUAUUUUUCUUUCAAUGUGAUUUUCACCUCGGUUGUGCACCCUACUUCUAAUAAUCUCCACAACAUUAUAUGGUUGACUAGUAGAGAUUGCCCACGGCAUUAAGUCUGCCAUUAUACAUUUGUGCAUGAUCAAUAAAUAAAUAAAAAGCGAUAAAGUGGACGGGGCGAAAAAAAUGCGAUCAACACGCUGAACUUGGGAUUGGUUGAGUUUUACGUUUAACAUAAUUUUACCCAAUGAAUGUGGGUAGCCGAAUUCAUUUGUAGAUGUUUGAUUUGUCAAAUUAUUUUGUUUUGUCUGUGUGCGUGUCGCGUUAGUAUUGAAGUUUAGUGGUAUGUGCAACGAUAUUAAAUACCCUAGAUACAACAACACGAACAAAAUCAUGCCUGAAACCUGACCAAAAGGUACAUUGGACGAUCCACGGCGCUCUAUAAGAUGAUCGCGUAGUCUAAACAAUAUAAGGCUUUUUUAAAAAUUGAAAAUCACCUUUUUACACAUACUGUAUAAGGUCUUAAAUAAAACGCAUGCGUCAAAGAGUUAUGACAGUCCGAGAUGUAAGCUCGUAAAUUUUGCGACUUAUUGCUAUAUGCGGAAGAAUAUAGACCUUAUUUCUUUGACUCUACGCGCAAUUCUGAAUACGCUGUUAGCAAUAUAGACGAUACGGACCGCGA